AUGAAAGAACGUGUCGAGGUGAACAGAAAGAUCAAGAAAAAGAGACGAGAAGGAAGAAGAAAAUCAACAACGUUUGUUCCUCCCGAUAUAAUUUCAGAGAUACUCUCAAAGCUGCCUUUAAAAUCUCUCAUGCGGUUUCGUUGUGUUUCAAAGCUAUGGUCAUCGAUCACCACCGAUCCAUAUUUCUUAAAAUCGCUACAAACAACACGUCCGAGUCGUCUCUUAGUCGUCGGCUUCAGAAAACGUGAUGGGUUCUUUGUCUUGUCGUUUCCUCAACAGAAUCUGCAGAAACCGAACGAGCCUUCUCAACCUAUAAACAGUUACCGUAUGACACACGCAAAUCCUGGUUGUCCCUUCACCAUUGCAACAGGGUCAGUCCAGGGCUUGAUGAUCUGCUUUCUAGAACCAACAAAACCCAUAGUCUGGAACCCUAGCAUAAAUAAGUUGUUACCUUUGUCCAAACCCGGAGAUACGUGGAAGGGUGUUAGAGUCUUUUUAGGAUACGAUCCAAUCGAGGGGAAACACAAAGUAGUGUGCAUGCCUAAGCUGACUUGUGUUCAAGCUUUAGAUGAGUGUAAGGUUUUAACAUUGGGAUCCGGAUCAGCUCAAGAACCAUGGAGAAAGAUCGAAACCAUCCGUAAUCAUUUCCCUUUAACUGCAGAAAGCAGUUGUCAUUCUCAUCCGCGAUGCAUCAACGGUGUUGUGUAUUAUCAUGCCAAACUUGGUCCUCAUCAACGUGUUAUAAUGAGCUUUGAUGUAAGAUCUGAAAAGUUCCAUGCGAUAAAUUUGCCACUUCCGAAAUGGACUUGGCGAUUGACGCUAUCUUAUCAUGGAAAGUUUGCUUGUACUGGUUAUAAUAUUCAAGGUAAUAAAAUCAUAAUGUUCGUUUUGAAGGAUGCAAUGAAACACGAAUGGUCCAGGCAUCUGUUUUCAUCUCUUCCCGAACAUUGGCGGAAUUUGAAUCGUUCCGAUGUACUAAUGGGCGACACUGAUGAUGAUGAUGGUGGUGAGUUGAUUUUUGUACGAGCAAAGUCUUUGGAAUUUAUAUAUAUUCAUCCAAAGAGAAAGACGCUCAGAAGUGUCAACUAUAGAGGAGUUUUGGAUGAUUUUAGACAACGCAACGGACUCGAAGACACUCCUCUGGCUGCUCUGGCUGCUCUGGAUGAGUUCCAGUUGUUUCCCAAUCACAUUGAAACACUAUCGUCUUUGUAA